AUGGCGGAUUCAGCCAAGCCCAAGGCUGUUGCCAGACUCCAGUCUGACACAGAGUCGAGCCGCGGGCCUUCGCCUCAGCCUACGCAUGUCAGCGUGCCUUUGGCUCAUAAUUACACCAAUGGCCAUCGAAUUCUGCGCUCUGCGACUGUGGGCUACAUUGCCCCCGAAUUUCAGGGCAAGGUUGAGCAGAUGAAAGCCGUCAGGGAAAUCAUCCAACAGUCGUCGUGGAUUCCCGAAUCCCUCAUUGACGAGCAAAUUCAUUGGUUCUACCAGAAGCUCGGCAUUGAUGAUGUCUACUUCCAGAUCGAGACGCCUCAGGUCAUUGCCAACCAGAUCACGUCUCUGUACGCUGCCAAGGUGGCUGCCUCUGUCCGCGAGGACAAGCACGAGGAGAUUCGCCUGGACAUGGAGGCCAAUGACCACGCCAUCUACAUUGACACCAGUGAACCCGGAAAGGCUCGUCUUGGCGGUCCCCGGUAUGAGCAGCGCCUCGAGGCCAAGUACCUUGACCACCAGGGCAAAAGCAAGUACCGUGUCGAAACCUUCCGUUCGCCUGCCGUCAUCGGAAACAGCCCUUCCUCGAAAGCGACCCUCCGCUGCUACUUUGUGUACCAGUGCAUCUUCAAGCAGAAGCCCGAAGAGACCGAUCCCAAGGAGACCCGUCUCGAGGUCAUCGCUGAUCAUGGUUUCUGGCAGAAGGCCACCCAAAACACCAAGCAGAUCUACCAGGAGAUCAUCGAGCUUGCUGUGAACAGGGCCGGCCCCGUCAUCGAGGUCUUUGACAUCGAGGGCAUGGCUGAGAAGCGUCUCGUCGUCGCGUUCCAGUCCCGUACCGCCCGUGGCAUGUUCUCUGCUCUGAGUGACCUGUACCACCACUACGGCGUCACCAGCUCUCGAAAAUACGUCGAGCAGUUCGCCAACGGUAUCACGGUGAUGAGUGUCUACCUGCGCCCGGCCAUGAGCCUGGAGGGCAACUUCCCGCCUCUGGACGAAUCCAUCCACCAGAUCACCAAGGAAAUCUCCCUCUUGUACUGCAUUCCGCAGAACAAGUUCAACAACCUUUUCCUCACCGGCGACCUGAGCAUUCAGGAGACUGUCUACGCUCACGCGUCGUGGGUCUUUGUGCAGCAUUUCUUGAACCGUCUUGGACCCGAGUACGCUUCGCUAGAGGACAUGCUUGACACCAAGGACAACCCUUCGGCGGCCCUGCUACUGUCAAAACUGAAGCGCCGUCUCCGUACCGAGACCUUCACCCCCGACUACAUCCUCGAAAUCAUCCAGACCUACCCAGCGCUCGUGCGUUCAUUGUACGCGUCCUUUGCAUCCGCUCAUUUGAGUGUCGGCCCAGGCUUUGACGAGCACUACAUCGCCCCGGCUCCUGUCACUGAGGUGCUGUCAGACAGCAAGCUGCAGGAAAAGAUCUCCAAGACCGUGGCCAACGAGCACGACGAGAUGGUCAUGACCGCAUUCCGCGUCUUCAACAAGGCAAUCCUCAAGACCAACUGGUUCACCCCCACAAAGGUCGCUCUGAGCUUCCGACUUGACCCUUCAUUCCUGCCUGCUGCAGAGUACCCCAAGCCGCUGUACGGCAUGUUCCUCGUCAUGGGCGCCGAGUUCCGUGGCUUCCACUUGCGAUUCCGGGACAUCUCCCGUGGCGGUAUUCGUAUCGUCAAGUCGAGGAGCAAGGAGGCGUACGGCAUCAACGCUCGUAAUCUGUUCGACGAGAACUACGGCUUGGCCAACACACAGCAGCGCAAGAACAAGGACAUUCCUGAGGGUGGCUCGAAGGGUGUCAUCUUGCUCGAUCCCAAGCAGCAAGACAAGCAGCGUGAGGCAUUCGAGAAGUACAUUGACAGCAUUCUCGACCUGCUACUCCCUGCUCAGACCCCUGGUAUCAAGAAUCCAAUCGUCGAUCUGUACGGCAAGGAGGAGAUCCUCUUCAUGGGUCCGGAUGAGAACACUGCCGAUCUCGUCAACUGGGCUACCGAGCACGCCCGUGCCCGCGGCGCCCCCUGGUGGAAGUCUUUCUUCACCGGCAAGUCGCCCAAGCUCGGUGGUAUCCCUCACGACAAGUAUGGCAUGACGACCCUGUCUGUGCGUGAGUACGUCAAGGGAAUCUACCGCAAGCUGGACCUGGAUCAAUCCCAGGUGCGCAAGAUGCAGACCGGUGGGCCUGAUGGUGAUUUGGGCAGCAACGAGAUCCUUCUGGGCGAGGAGAAAUGGACCUCCAUCGUCGAUGGCUCGGGUGUGCUGGCCGAUCCCAAUGGUCUCGACAAGGCAGAGUUGGUUCGUCUUGCCAAGGCUCGCUUGAUGAUCUCCAACUACGACCUGAGCAAGUUGUCUAAAGACGGAUACCGUGUGCUUUGCGAGGACAACAACAUCACCCUGCCAUCAGGCGAGAACGUUCCCAAUGGCACCACCUUCCGCAACACCUACCACCUGCGGGACAAUGGCAUGACUGAUGCCUUUGUUCCCUGUGGCGGUCGCCCCGAGUCGAUCGACCUCAUCUCCGUCAGCAAGCUCAUCAAGGAUGGCAAGUCAGUCAUUCCUUACAUUGUGGAGGGCGCGAACCUGUUCAUCACCCAGGACGCUAAGCUGCGUCUGGAGGCUGCAGGCUGCGUUCUGUACAAAGAUGCUUCGGCCAACAAGGGUGGUGUGACCUCGUCAUCACUCGAAGUCCUGGCCUCCCUGUCCUUCAACGAUGAGGACUUCAUCACCAACAUGUGUUGCGACCCCAAGACUGGCGAGCCACCGCAGUUCUACAAUGAGUACGUCAAGCAGGUGCAGGCCAAGAUCCAGGAAAAUGCCCGUCUCGAGUUUGAGGCCAUCUGGCGAGAGCACGAGAAGACUGGCAUCGCACGCUCGAUCCUCUCGGAUCAGCUGUCAUGGGCCAUUACCGAUCUGGACGAGGACCUGCAGCGCUCCGACUUGUGGACCAACGAGACCAUCCGACAUGGUGUGCUACGUGAUGCCCUGCCUCCCCUGUUGCUGAACCGCAUCGGCAUGGACAAGAUUGUCGAGCGUGUGCCGGAGAGCUACCUGCGUGCCAUCUUUGGCUCCUACCUGGCGAGCCGAUUCGUGUACGAGUUCGGCAGCCAGCCCUCACAGUUCGCCUUCUACGACUUGUAA